GAAAACUAAAAAUGGCGGGCGACUGUGACCUGUCAGAGCAGCCACGCCGCUCCCAUUUGACACCACUACUGUCCUCGCAACUACAGCUAUCUACUCCGCCGUGCUCGUCCUCUACGCGGCCAAACACAACGCAAAACUCAGAGAGACCCACGAAACAUGUCGGCAACAGGUCGCGGCGACUACCGGAACGUCGAGCCGACGUGCCGCAUUCAAGCCGACGACGGGUUAUUUUCGACGCCGAAAAUACACAACAUGUGGCAGAUGAACCAAAACUAACAGAUUAUGUGGCACAAAAUAUGGCAAGUGACGAACAGCUACAAGGCCGCAAGCGUGCAGCACAGGGUGCAGAAGAAAUGGAGCUGUCCCCGAGAUCGACAUUGACACAACAGAUAAUUCACAAGAAGAAGUCAAAGAUAGCAGUUGAAUCGAAGCAGCUUGUGCUUAAGCGAGCGGUAUCCAGCUACUCCGAAAUGUCCUCGAGCAGCUUAUCUCCUGCUCCAGUUUUUCCGCCAAGGCUACUUCGCCAUCAUGCAUCGGAACAGCUAAUCAGUAUCAAAACUGCAUCUGCACCACCACCGGAACCGACUCUACCGACGGUGUAUUCAAGCAAGCACCCAGACUUAAACGUGAUAACACCCGAGACUGUGGCUAGAAUUCUAAGAGGGGAGUUCAAGGAGCAAUUGGCUGGAUUUAAGCUGUUGGAUUGUAGAUUCCCGUUUGAGUUUGAAGGCGGGAGCUUGAAAGGUGCCAGCUCGCUGUGUGAUCCCGAAAAUAUGGAGAUGCAGUUUUUCCAACCGACGACAUUCGAGCACACCACACGUACGGCGCUUAUUUUCUUCUGUGAGUUCUCGGCUAACCGAGCACCGAAGAUGCUGCGUCAUGUACGCAAUGUGGACCGAAGACUGCAUGCUGAUAGUUACCCCGAACUAUACUACCCGGAGUUGUAUCUAAUUCACGGAGGCUACAAGAACUGCUUCGAGACACUUCAACAUGAGAUCUGUGCGCCUUCCGCUGUGUACGUGGCUAUGGAAGACGAACGAUUUGUUGAGGAAUGUCGCCGUGAAUUUGCCACUUGGAGACGACGCUGGAAGUCGCACAAAACUGUCGCCAAUUGCGCUGCAAAAUUGGAAAUAUCUCCACGACAUAAGAGGCGGGGUCAUCAUCAAGUCCGAUCAAAUGGUGUUGCUGGCGUUCGCUCUCUUUUUGAUGACUUAUAGGAGCGUGAAUGCGCUAAUCAACCAAGUUAUGUAUCUUACGCGACUUGAAUGAAUAAGGUAUAGACGAACGUGUUGCCUCUACACCGUGAAAUAAUGCGAAAGAAAACAAGCUACUGCUAUUCGAAACAACAGUCUCGCUACAACCUUCAAUUCGAGG